UGGCUAUAUUUGCUCUUGGGUUAUAGAGCUGUCCUUUUGCAGUAGCAAGGUGGCAGCCAGACUCAUCAAACUCAUGUUGCAAAAACUUGAAGACGUAAAUCUGUGAGUACCUGGUAAAACUGCGUGUGACACGCCCUGGAGCAAAAUGACAUUUUGACAAUUGCCAUCAGUUGCCCUUGAGUACUGGUGGAGAGAGCUGGAGCCUUCUGCCCAGCGUGGGCACAGCUGCGGUGGGAGGAACAGGUGUGCCUGCAUUUUAGUAUCUUAUAAACAACCUUUCAUUUGGAUGGGUCUUAGUGUUGUAGGGCAAAUCGUUGCAGCUGUUUAACAACAAAUGCCUGAUCAGGGCAGGGAGGGAAGGGUAAUAUCUCCAGCUAAAAUGGGAGGGAUGGAUCUAGGAUAACCAUUAAAACCAAGCUUACUGUUAGCUCCUAUCCCCUGCAGGAAGAGCUUUGCAAACUUGGAAGCUCAAAAAUGUCACUUACUGAACAAUGUAUAAAGCAUUGCAUUCAGCAAUGUUUUAGCAAGAGUUUCCUCCUGAAUUACUGGUCUCACACACAUUUCGUAAUGGAAACAGUGAACACGGGAGGGGUCUGCAUGAAAUGUGCAAUGUAAUCUUCUACUCUGCUUGCAGACAAGGCCUUCCUAAUGCUUGGCAUGAUAUUUCAAGAAAUGUGUGAGCCAUUUGGGAUUCCCGGAUGAGUGGCAAGAAUGAUCAAAGGUCUGAAAACCAACAUCUCCAGGGAGGGACCAAAUGCACUGGUUCUGCAGAUUAAAGGUGAUGGGGGAGGGUGUGAGAAGGUUUCAAGUAUCUGAAAGUUUGACUGCCAAUAGGAAGGCAAUAAAUUGCUCUCUAAAUCCAUCCAGGAGGUCAUACCUUUAUAUUGCAGCAAAGGAGAACUAUGUCACAGGUGACUUUUUUGAACUGUAAGUAAAAUAAAAAGACUAAAUGGAUUACCCAGGAAGGCAGUCCUUAAAAAGAAACCGGACAGACAACUUCCAGCAGUAGUUUAGGGGGUGCUGAUCCUGCUGUAGGGCACGGAAAUAUAUGAGUUACCUCUCCAGCCCCCUCCCAGACCUAAGUGUAAAGAUGCCUUUUCAGGUCUUUGGGGAUCUGGUUCAUCCCCUCACCAUGGUACAUUAAUGGCUAUGGAGCAGACUGCGGAGGCAAGGGUGUAAAAUUCUGCUUGCCUGCACCCAGCUGAUCCGGUGAGCUCUAAAUGUUGUCUGUAGAAACACAGAAAGUAUUUCUGGUGUGGGGUGGGUAUUUCUGGUGUGGGGUGGAGGCAGUGGUAGCUUUGCACUGCAGAGCCCCCGGCUGGCACAGCUUUUGCCCCGGAGGAAGGGGAGGGGAUGAGCGAGGGUGUUAGUAGGGCAAAGGCUGUGUUGUCUGUUGAUCCCAACUCCAGCCAAGGCAGAGAGAAGGUUGGCACGCCCCCUGCACUUUUAGCAAGGCCAGGAGGGAUGGAAAAUGUCUCAGUGCCAAGAGAGCAAACUUUUGAGCAGGCUGCUGCCCUUUGUCCCGCUGGCUGGAGAGCAGUGACUCACCCCGCUGCCGAGCUGGAGACAGCCCAGGACAUUGAUAUGCCUCUGUACCCAGCUAGCAAGGCAGGCCUGCGAGCUUUGCAGAAACUCUUUGGGAGGAAAGGGGAUAUUUUCCUCCCAUGUGCGGCUUUCCCACAUCCCUGGGAAGUACCCCACCACCACGUACGAGCAGCCCAGCCAGGAGCAGGGAGAUACGCAGGCGCAUGGGGCGCACGCCUUCGUGUCCUACAUGAGGAUGCUGGGCAGCUGCACACCAAGGUUCUCCCUGCCUUCUGCCAGGUGGCCCAGCAGACGCAGCAGCCCAGUCAGCAGGCUGCCUGGGUCUCCCAUCUGCACUCAUCCCCUCGGGGUAUUGCUUUGUCCUCUGGCAUUUGUCCUAUUUCCACCAUGCUGUCUCUGCAGUGUGGCUCAUCCUUGACCUCCGUAGUCAAUAACCAAAACCUAUCACAGCUUCGUACAGGUGGUGUCUUCUUUCUUUUCAAUCAAUACCGGAAACAGAUUUGUUAAUUAUGUUGUGAGCUCGCAGGGUGCCUCCCACACAGCAAGGCAGGCUGGCUGCAAAAGAACAGCAGUAGCGAGAGCAUCACUAGUGGGUCAAGGAGAGCAGUUUUUCCUCUCCAUGCAAUACUUGUGAGGCUACAUUUGGGGAACCGUGUCCUGUUUUGGCCCCACCAGCACAGGAAAGAUUUUGAUCUGGAGAGAGGCUAGCGUUAGGAAGGAUAGGAUCCUGGUCCACCACGGGGGAUAACAGGGGAUACAGAAACACAAGAUUUUAAUCUCUUCCACACUCAUCAUCCCCCCAUUGUCUAUUACAAACCCUGCCUGACUCUCCACCUUCUCCAUGGCUGCUCAUGAUCUGUUGCUUUUGAGGUGGUGAGGUCCAAGGGUGACUUAUUUUAAUCUUCUCUUGGUGGAGUGGCAUUAAACACCAGUGCAUCCCAGCUGUAUCACAGCUUCUGGGCUCUGCAGGGAAGAUGAUGAAGGAGAUUUUCUGCCAUCAUCUGUUCGAAAUUACAGUGCUUCAGGGAGCUCUUUGGCCAGUUUCCACCACAACCCGUCAACUCCCAAACCCACGCAACUGGGAGGUGGGGCCUUGUGGUGGUAGUGGCUGGGGCACCGUGCAUCACUCUCAGAGGACCCGGGCAAAGGGACAGCACAGCCACCACCCUCUGCUCCUGCUCUGCCAGGGACGGGCUGCCCCUCGGUGAGUAGCCUUUCCCCACCAGGUGCUCCGGGGACAGCUUCAGCAGGACUGGGUAGAGGAUGAGAGCAGGGAUCACCCACACUCCCUAAAUCUCCUGAAUUUCACCUGCUGCUGAGAAAAGGGGGUCUGUGCCGGGGGUGGGAGCUGGAGGUAUGCUUUCAGGUGUCACCCUGCCAGGAGCAGUGGAGACAAGUGCUUUGCAGUGCUUUUGCCCCCUACAUCGAGCCGGGGCUCUGCAGGGAUGGGCACUGGCAUCAUAAGCGGCAGAGCUGUGGGGCAGAUGAGUGGGAGGGGGAUGCUGACCAUGGCUGGGCAGCUCACCACAUCCCUAUCCACAGCUCCUUUCUCUGUUCCUGUCCUGCCUUCUUACCCCUUCUCAGCUUGCAUCUCUCACCUUGGCCCCCAUGCACAUCUAUUAGUAUCCUGGUUGCUCUGAGUUUGCUUUACAGCUCUGCCAAUGCCCUUUAUUCUUCCUUGUACUGUAGCCCUUCCAAACUAGAUGCCUCUCACCUAAUUUUUUGCCUCUUUGGGUGUUAAGACACACUAGCAGGGGAGGGCUGUGUGGAGUCAUUGGUUUUACAGCUUAACUGGUAAAAAGUCAAGUAUUUGGCAAUGCUGCAUCCAUUGCACCCAUGGGGAGGUGCAUGUCUCAGCCCAGAUCCCGGCUCCAUCGUGCUCUGGGGGUGCAGGAGUGAAAAAGGUGAUUCCCAAGUCCAGCCCUGCCUUCGCAGCAGGGUCUGUGGCUCCCAAAUUUGCUUUGCAGGUGGAUCCAUCAGGAUGACGGCAAAGAAGAAUCAGACUCUGCAGAAUGGAAGCACCAAGGAGAACGUGGUGCAGAGAGUCCUGCAGCUGCCGGUGGUGAGCUCAACCUGCGAAAGCCUCCAGCGAACCUACACCAGCACCAAGGAGGCCCACCCGCUCGUGGCCUCGGUGUGCGAGGUCUAUGAGCGGGGCGUGCAGGGUGCCAGUGCCUUAGCCAUGCGGAGCGUGGAGCCCGUGGUGCGCAGGCUGGAGCCUCAGUUUGCUGUGGCUAACGACCUGGCUUGCCGGGGCUUGGACCACCUGGAGGAGAAGAUCCCUGCCCUCCAGUACCCCGUUGACAAGCUCGCAUCUGAACUGAAGGACACCAUCUCCACCCCACUCCAAAGUGCCAAAAGCACCAUUGGCACCUCCAUGGAUAAGAUCAUGGAGCUGGCAGCGGAGGGCUAUGAGGCCACCAAGAACACAGUGGAAACAACGGCAAGGUACACAAGGAGGAACUCGGUGAGCCAGAUGGCAGCUGCGGGGGUCGACACAGCCCUGGGAGGGCUGGAGAAGCUGAUGGAGUACCUGCUGCCAGAGGAGGAUGAAGAAGCAGAUCAGAAAUCCAAGGAGACGCAUGGGUCAGCAGUAAAGGUGUCCCAGCAGCAGCCCAGUGCUCCCAGUGCUCCCAGCACCCUGGACCGGAUUGGUGCCUUGGUUAGCACUGCCUCCCACCGUGCUUACCAGCAAACCACCCAAAGCCUCCAGCGUGCCAAAGCCAAAGGGCAGGAGCUGGCCACCUGGAUCCCCGUCCUGGGCAGCUUGGCCAAGCCAAGUGAGCCCGAGGAGCUGCAGGUCCAUGGUGAUGGGCAGAGCACUGGCUGGCUGAGCCGGCGGCAGAGCAAGGUGCCGGAGCAGAAGCAGGAGAAGGCAGGGAAGAAGGACGACAACCACACCAAGGAGCAGGCAGGGGACAGCCCCGGGCUGGUGGGCAGCGUGGCUCACAACCUGCAAACUGCCUGUGCCUCCGGCAUUUCCAGCGUGAAGAAGGUCCCGGCCGUGGCCUGGGAUGCGGCAGAGGGCUUGAUCCUCUUCACCCCCCGCAGGCUGUCCAAAGCCAUGGAGACGGUGGAUGCUCUUGGGGGGACCCUCGUCAGUGCCCCCAAGCAUCUGCUGGGCACCCUGUAUAGCUAUGUGCCGCUCCGCAGGCAGUCAGUAAAGGAAGAGGAGGCAGCCGGGGGCAGCAAGCCCAGCCCAGAGACAGAGGAGAAGGAGGAGGACUCCAAGCCUGACACCCCCUCUGCAGAGGAGAAAUCCCAGCUGAAGGGUGACUGGCGGCUGUACCGUGGCCAUCACCCCCUCUCCUUCCUGGGGCUGGAGGACCCCCUCUUCCUGCGGCACAACCUCUACCGCAGCCCUGCCUUCGAGCCCGAGUGCCCCCUCCCGCGGAAAUCUGCCUUCACCCCCUACAACAGGCGGGUGAGCGAGGGCUCCUACCGCUUCAGCCCCGAGGCCAUGUACAGCCGGGCUUACUACACCAACCUCUACAGCCCUGCCUUCAAGAAAGACUGAGCUGGCAGGGAGGACGAGCACAUCCCAACCCCCCUCUAUUCCUGCCCCCCAGCAUGCUUUGCCUGGACCCCUGCCAGCUUCCCGCACACACACCUGUACCAGCACAGGAGCUCAAAGUGGUAGACAUGCCAUGGGAUGUCAUCUCCUGGAGUGCAUUGGGGCCAGGAUGGGGGAAUAAAGGCAGCCAAAAGCUCUGUUGGUAGAAGAAGAAGGUAGAGGGAGGUGGGACCAGAGGGGACCAGAGAGGUGAAUGAGAUGCCGAAAGAGUGGUGAGGCUAAAAAAGAGAAAAAGGGACUAGCCAGGCCUGGCACUGGGCCACCCUGGUCCCCGUUGAGCAGAUAGCGUCGACUUAGGCUACAUGUUGAGAACAACACUGAGACAGCAGGGAGGACAUCAUAGCCAUCAGACAUCACCAUAGCAAGCCUGGUUCCCCAUCCUUCCUCGCUCCAUCCCACCUCACAGGGCCUGUCAUGGCCACAGAUUGUUCCUCCAUGGAGGAGCUGAAGGUCCCCACCGAGCAGCAGGAUUCAUGAGUCAGAAAGCCCUGGGCACCCACCCACAGCUGAUGGUGGGAUGGAUGGUGGGGUCAGGAAGAAGACCAGUGAGAACAGGUGGAGCUCCUGGAGCCCCUCUCUCCCGUAGGACCACCUGGCUUCCCGCAACACCUUGUAUCUGCUGCAAUAAUAAACCUUCCCAG